AUGAUUGCUUGGAUUUUUCUGUCCCUUUUAAUUACUAAAGGAGUGUUCACGACCACUGGAAAGUGUUUUAAAAAUGAAUUUGUGGGUACGUUCUACUGUGCGCGAUUAAUCGAAUGCACAUGAAAACUUUAAGUUAGCAUCAAACUAAAAUUUAUUCAUCUUUUUUCCUGUUUUUGACAGAAAGCCCAUUGAUUUCCUGUGCAUUUGUUUAUAAUUCGUUAAGUGUGCCUUUAGUAACUUCAAUUUAAAUGCAAAUUUUUUUGCCGGUUAAAGAGAUAAGACACAAUACCGGUGGGCUUCAACUUAAUUGAGUGCAAUUAUGUGCCCAGGCAGAUUUCCUUUUUUUGAAGUAUUAAUUAAUUGAACCGUGGUCCUUAUUUUAUUCCACUAGAGUGUUUGUGCUCUAAAUGCCAACUUGAAUAUUUAAAUUGCCUACCGAAGCUUCAUUUUUUAAAAUUUCUAUCCAAUUAACAAAUGGAAGAAAUCUCCAAUUCCAUAUGAAAGAAAAAGCAUCAGAAUCCUUAAUGGAAUCGUGACCAUCGUACAAAUGGUUCACUGAGGCAAAUUAAAACUUUUUGAUAUUAUAAUAUUUUAAUAUUUCGUUGUGCAUCAAUGGUUUUUUGUGAUGCAAAAUUGUACUAGUCUAAACACAUCACACUAAUAUAUACUUCAGCUUAAACUGGCAACAUCAAAGUGGUAUUCACCAAAAUGUAUUCUCCAAUUAUGAAAUCUUAAGUCUGAUGCAAAGAGAGCCUUCAUUUAACAAGAGAAUUCAACUCAAGAUAGGGAGCAUUUCAUUGUUACAGAAGAGGAGAAAAGCUUGCUCAUUGAUAUUGCCUUAACAGCAAAAGCUGAACAACUAGCAUCCACAGAAACACCUUUGAUAUCAAGCUGUUUUUUCAUCAAUUUGUUUUGCAUAAUGCAAAAAUUUUUGGGGAAUGAUAAAAAUAAUAGCUGUCAUUUUAGUGCAGACAUACUCUCUGCCUUAAGACAUUUUCUGUUCCUGUAAGCUCAGAACCUUUCUUGAGCCUUGUCCUCAGAAAAAUGUUGUUAAAUAGAGGCUCUUUUCAGUAAUUAUUUAUUUUGAAUUAUUUAUUCACGCUUUAACCUCAAAGAGUCACUAGUAUCUUAUCUCUGCUGACAACAUCAUCCCUGAAACACGAAUGUCACAAGAGUUAAGGGAAUGAUCAUCAAUGAAAGAAGCUCUUGAUUGGUAAACAAAUUCUCCUUGUCAGCACCUUAGCAAAUGUAUAGAGAACAGUAUGGAGAAUAUGCAUACUAAUGUUAAGUUGUGAAGGAUUAAUUUAUUGAAUGUUUAUUAAUUCUACAUAUACGUAUACUUUUACUGUUAGAAAUUAAGAAAAGACCUUGUAUCAUACCACCUUGACAGAUAAGAUUAUUGCUAUCUCUUCCCUCAGCAACAUUUUGAUUCUCUAUUCAAUAUCUACUCAGGAGACACAGUGAAACGGCAUUUCAAGCUGUAUGGUGAUGGCAUAACAUUACUUCCCCUAAAAGUGAGCUACAGCAAGCGAGCAUCUCAUCAGAUUUCCUCUCAUGUGCUGCGCAUUUUAUUAGAAGAAUUGUUAGGAUAUGAAGAUGUUGUUCUGGUCCCUGAUGAUUCUGGAUUGUUUGUCAACAAGGCUCUCCAAAAGAUAUCAGGAUGUUCAAAUCACAGGUAUUGUGUAUGGAUCUAUAGCCUGACUGCUACUGCUUGUUGUUGUAGUGAAUCACUACAUUUUGUUUUUCUUCUUACAAUCCUUGUCUGAAUAACUUUUGCAUUUUAAAAUGGAUGCAGCAUUUAUUCAGGGACAGCAUUCAACUGAGUUGAUAUGAUACAAUCAGGAGCAGAAAUGGGUACUACCAAACAUUCAGGGGAGUUUGACAUAAGGGCGGGGGGGGGUAAGCUGGGAUGGAGUGGCAUCUAGGGGGGAGCAGCAAUAUUGCUAGUCACUUUAUACUUGAGAGACUGAGAUAAGCUUGGGUGCCUUGUUGGCCAUCUAAGCUGAGUGCAGACUUACUUCUCCACUUUCGAUAAUUCCCUAAAACCAGUCAUUCCAGAGCCUAAUACUUUUUCUGUUCAUAUUCUAUGUGUCAAGCUGUGAUGCCAGUGAUGUUCCAGAUGUUAUGAUUAAUACAGAAAUCUGGGUACCUCCAGGUUAUCAAUACGGCAAAUGGUUGGACAAAAAAUUAGUGAAUGAAGUUGGAACCGUCUCUACACAUGGGAGGUACAAGUACAUGUUUAAGUCAUUACCAAAAGUGGAAUGCCAAGAAAAAUACAAUCAAACUUGUGUGUAAAAUUUUGUGCCAAGAGAAAAAAACAAGCUCAAUGUGUCAUGUCAAACAGCUCUGACUCUCUUUUUCAUUUUACAGAUUUGGAUGGUAUCUUCCAACCUCUUUUGUUGAAGGACUAUGGAAUGACAGCAGAAUCAUAGCAGACAGCUGGAGAGCUUUACAACUACAGUCAGUGGUGGGACAAUUGUUGCAAAAUGCAUCAUUGCUCAAUUCUUACAUUAACAUCUCAGAGUACAAGAAAUCUUGUGAAGAUAUAGCUGGUUGUAGUCAUGGCUGGCUUCAUGGCACAAAGUGUAGGGAUGGUGAUAAUGCAAUGCAUUGUGCUGUUCUUUUGGCUGAUUUUCCAGGUGGGUUUGUAAGUUAAUGUAGAGAUAUGGUGGUGGCUAAUGGUUAGUAUGUGGGGCUCCAGGUGGAGAGAUCCAUGGUCUGAGACAUGGGUAAGUCAUUAUGUUGUGUUUUGGGCAGGACAGCUUAAUCUCACAAUGUGUCUCUCCACCCAGGAGUAUGGGAGGGUACCAGAAAAUUGUCAGGGGGAGAUUUUUAACCUUGCAAUGGACUAGUAUCCCAUCCAGGUGGGAGUAGUGAUACUCCUAGUCAUUUUAUGCUAAGGAAACCACAAUAUUAAGAUAUGAGGGCUGGGUGGGCCACCAGGCUUGAGUACAGACUUUACCUUUAAUGUAGAAACUCACCAAAAUACAAUAAAUUUGUAUAAGUUGACAGACCCUUGAAACUUGAUCCUUAAUGUUUUUUGGUGGUGUAAGUAAGUAAAGAUUUCUUCUGAAAGUUCUGAUUACUUCUAAAUGAUGUUUAUAGACCACUAUGGAUCAUUACUACAGCAGCAGAUUAACAGCCUUGGUCUGAAUAUGUCAGUAGUAUGGCUGGCCUCGGAGUUACAAUAUUUUGUCAAUGGCAGGGGUGAUCAACCAUUCCUUCUUUUAAACUGGGAACCGAAUACAAAACCAACAGCAGAGCAGUUGACAAGAAUAAGUCUUCCGCCAUGCAGGUGUGGAUAAAAAUCAGGUUUUGACUGUGUUAUUGUUUCAGAAAAAAUUCAUUUCCCUUUAGUAGGUUUAAUUUUGCUUUAGACCCCCACAGCCAUCCCCCCUUCCUCCCCUAACCCUUCCUCAUUUGGGAAAUCCCAUUUUGCUGCUUUGUACUUUCCUUGUCUGACUUGUACUAUUCCUCUUGCCACUGGAAUUUCAAAUGACCAUCCUCUGGCUUGAUAUCAACCUAUUCCUAUUUUAAAUUCUUGAAUUUCUGCAUUGCACUUGGGUAGAUUUGAUACAUACAGUAGUUAAGGGACAAAUUUUAUUCAUGCUGUUGGAUGGUGAGAAAUUUUGUGCAUGCUGUUGGAUGGUGAGAAAUUUUGUGCAUGCUAAUAUUAUGAUACAAUGAUGAAUGUUUCAAACAAUAGGCCUGAUUUCAUUAAGAAAGAUUCAUUUAUGUUAAAUAUAUUUUUUAUUUAUUUUCAGUGCAAAUGUGUCUUUCAUCCAUGCCUUUUCAUCUCAGCAAGGUUACUACAACUGUGAUUUUCCACCAAGUCACCUUUUUAAGUUUGCUUGGGGAGCAGUUCAAGAUAGUGCCCCUGAUGUAUACUACCUGUUGUCAAAAUUGUACUUUGAUAAGGAGACACUUAGUGGCCUGUUGCAGAAACAUGCCUAUGGAGGGGGGAAUUUAACAAGUGAGGAAAUUGCUUGUGAUUGGUUACAGCAGAAUAGGGAUACCUGGAUGCAAUGGUUACCAUCUGGGAGUUUUAAUAAAACACCAGUUUAUCUUGGAGGGAUGUUCCCUUUAUCAGACAGCGAGGAUGCUGUUUGGAGCAAUCCUGGAAUUUUGCAGGGUAUGAGAAGUUUAUUUAGACUCCAAAGAGGUCAUAGAUACUUGAAGGGCAAACAAUUUUGAUGUUUUAUGUUGUCACUUAAUGGCAUAUAUGGUUUAAUAUUAUUGUUAUAUUCCUUUGUUUUCAAACCCAAUGAACUUUGAUGUAACCAAAAUAUUCACGAAAAGUAGACUCAGUUUACUAUGAAUUAAAUUGAACCAUAGCGUAAACUGGUUGGAGGUACAGUCUGCAAAAACCAAACAUCCAAAUUUUACCAACCUCUGGACCAAUCAAAACCAAAAUAAUCCAGACUUGGUCACAGCUCUUUUCCUGCAUUUCGGUCAGUUUGCUUGUUUUUACUUAAUGUUUUCAUUGGCUCCACGUGCUGUUUCCCUUUGAUUUGAUUGGCUGUUGUCAUUACUUUGGUUUUGGUAUUAUGACACCAAAUGAAAUGAACUCUUAUAUUGAUUGCUAGUUAUUCAGUGUUUUGCUUUGUUGCAGGUGCCCUGAUGGCUUUGGAAAGCAUCAACAAUGAUUUUAAAAUUCUUGAUAAUUACAGCUUGGAGCUCAUUGUAGAAGACACACACUGUAAAACAUCUCUCAUUCUCAAUGCAUUCAUCGAGUUUAUGUCACGAUCUCAUAAUAAAUCAGUUGUGGGAAUCAUUGGCCCUGCCUGUUCAGUUCAAACUGAGAUCAUUGCAGAAGUUGCACCAUUGUAUAAUACAAUGGUUAUGGGUUAUAGUGUGGAAGGUGUCGCACUGGCAGAUCGGGAAAAGUACCCUUUGUUCUUCAGAACCUCUCCUAGCUAUGCAGAAUUCAAGUUUGCCUAUGCUGCCAUCUUUGGGUUUUUUCAGUGGAAGCAAUAUGCCUCAUUAACAGAUACAAACUAUGUAUCACGCACUGUGACAACAACCCAUGAGUAUCUUGAGAGCCAAGGAAUUGACUUGGUGUAUGCAAGACAGAUCACAAAUCAAGACAGUGUAGAUAUUAAGACUUAUGUUAGGUCCUUAAAGGAAAGUUCAGCCAGGAUUAUUAUUUCAACUUUGUUUGAGGGUCUGGCAAGAGCUGUUGUGUGUGAGGCAUAUAUUCAAGUGAGUGAUUGUUUUGGCUUAUGCAUGAAAAUAGUUUUUUUGGGUAACUGUGAUUGGUGACUGUGAAUAUGAGAGAUGUUUAUGAGCAUUACUCCCUCAUCAGAGCAACGUUGGGCUAAUUCUCAAAACCUUAGCUUUAUAGACUCUUUACAAUGGCCAAUUUACAGUAUCAACCAAACCAGAAACAAUAAUAACCCCUCAUGGAUGCCACUCCACUGUGACAGUUUCUUCAGAAACUUAAUUACUUCCUAUAUUCUGAAAUAUAUAUGGAAUGCGUUAAUUUGUAUUUUUAAGAUAAAACGAAUCAGGCAUCACAAAACUAAAUCAAAAUCCAGUGGAUAGCUUUAUACACCUUUCAGACAACCAGGGCCCAGUGCUUGUAACAAGGGAAUAGACUUAAUUGAGGAAAGAUCCCCUGUGAAAUUAUGAGUUAAAACAUUUUGGUAGCAUACCCAUAUUUAUGUUACCUGUAAUCGACUUGAUUUCCUUUAGGGCUUGACUCCUCAAAAAGGUUAUGUUUGGUUUCUGCCAGCAUGGCUAGCACCAGAUUGGUGGGAUCCAAAUCAUUCUCACCUGGAUGAUGACACCUCUGAAGGGAUACCCAGCAUACCUUGCUCUGCAGCCAACAUGAAGGAGUUUGUUAGUGGAGGGUAUUUCUCUCUUUCCAAUGCAUUUUACGGGGAGGACUUGGACACAAUACUAAGUGGAGGGACUGUGAACCAGUGGAGACAAGAGUAUGAAAGGAGGGUCAAGAAUCAGGUUAUCUCUGCAGUGUAUACAUUUAGUUGUAUUCAGUCACUUACACUCACUCUCUCACUCUCUCACUCUCUCACUCUCUCACUCUCUCACUCUCUCACUCUCUCAUUCUCUCAAUCUCACACCCUGCAACUGCGCAUUGCAUUGUAUGUAGUACUUUGUAACAGCAUGUAACUGCUUGUAUGAAAACAUUAAUCUAUCACUUUUAGUGUCUACAGCCGUGUCCGGCGUAACUUGUUUUUUGUGUCUCAAAGAAGUCAGUUAUGACAAUUUACAUCUUUACGUUUAUUACACUUUUUCAUGAAGAUUAACUGUAUGUGUUACUCGUUUGUCAUAAAUGAAUGUUAAUGUCACUAAUAAUGCACGUUCACACCAGCCACUGAACUAGUUCCUAUGUAAUAUGUAUUUUUUCAGGGUCACACUCCCUCAGGAUAUGCAAGUUUUGCUCAUGAUGCUGUGUGGGCCUAUGCACUGGCGCUUGAUAAACUUUUUAAGUCUCAACCAGCAGGACUGGAUACAAUAAGAACAAAUCACACAACGCAGUAAGUUGACGCUUCUAACAGUCGAUGAGAAGAAUGACUGAUUGUUUACGGUUUAGUUUGUAGAAAAGACCUUUGUGUGGAAUUGGAAUAAGAAGAUCGUAAUAGCUGUGAAAAAGAGUCGAUUCUAGUUUUAAUCUGUCACAGAGUUAAUCAUAACCAUUACAAUUUCCUCAAAUUGGUGCAUUAGCUGUUUUAUUUUUCAUCCAUGAAUCAAAACUAUAACAAAAUUCUCGAACGUGAUUGGUUAUCACCAACCCGAUUUGAGCACUAGUAGGACAGUGUACGCGUCAUGCUUGUAAUUGGACAGUGAAAUAGGACAGUUUAAGAGACAGUUAAUACGUCAAGCCUAUCUAAGUGGACAAAUCGCGUCAUGAGCGCGCGCUGUUGUCUCGCAUUUUGCCGAGUUAACUGUUGAUUUUUUUUGUGAAAACUUACAAUCGAUGUCUAGUUUCUUUCUCAAAUUUUGUCAUAGUUUUGAUUAAUUGGUAACAGUACUUCGUGUGGUCCGAUUCUGUCUGUAAUCAUACUCGUGAUUAACGAGUAUGAUUCGCGGUCGUCCGAUUUUGUUAAUCACUCGUAUGAUUACAGACCAAAUAGUAACAACCACUUAUCCUAUUAAAAAAACUGUGGAAUUUCCAAAAUCGAGGAGUUUUUUACUUUAGAAAUCGUCUCUACCGGAUAGAUUUGUCCUAAAUGUAUUUUUUGUUUUCGGAAAUUGUAACAGCUAUGAUUAAUUGGUAGCAGGACUUUUUGUCGUCCAAUUCUGUCUGUAGUCAUACUCGUGUUAACAAAUCGGACUCCCGCUUCGCAGUCGUCCGAUUUUGUCAGUCACUCAUAUGAUUAUAGACCGAAUUGGACUCCACUGGUUCCUAUUACCAUUUUUAAUCUGCAGCCCGACCCUCCUUUCUCGGAGAACUGAAGCUCAAGAGUUGUUUUUGUUAUUAAAGGCCCUACACCUUUUUAAGCUCGCACGAGUUACAUCUUCUGUAUGAGUUCAAUUGAAUCCGUAAAACGUUGACUAUCUCAGGUUUGAAAAGUGCGACCUUACUACUCUGAAAUGUAACCAGGUGAAAUUUAUUUAAAAGUAUUUUAGUCACGUUGAAUUCUGCGUCACCUAAAGCUUAGUAUUUUGUGAAUGAUUUCCAUUCCCGGCCUAGACUUUUUUCAAGGCUACUUCAAAAUGUUCAAUCGUUCUCAAUUCGAAGCAUUGUGUAUGAGUUACAAAUAAAAAUGACGGUGAUCGUAAAUCUUACGACGGUACUGUUGGGUAUCAAACCCAGACUUCGUUGGUGGGAGGUUGGUGAUAUCUAGUAAGCGCAAUCGCUCGAUUGUGUUCGUGUGUGUGUGUCAGUGUGUUUUUAAACCUUCUGUAUUCGAAGGCUUUAGGAAGUAAUGACUAGUGUAACCAUACUCUCCCAAGAGAAUACUUCCCUGCCAUUGUUUAAAAUUAUUCUUACUACUUAAGACACUACUUGCUUUUUUCCACAGGCUGUUGAAGACUUUCCUCCAACAGACCAACUUUAGUGGUGCGUCUGGGCGUGUUAUUUUCAGAGAUGGCGAGCGGUACCUUCCCACAGUUGAAAUGGAGCAACGGUUUCCUGCCAGGGUCGUAAAAGUCGGGCGUGUGCUCCCUAACAUGUACAAAGCCUGUGGCAGUAGCAACCGUUGUCUGGAAAUGAAUGAGACCAGUAUCCAGUGGCCAGAGGGGAGAAGACCAACGGACGGUAGAUCAAGUGAGUGUAUGCAGCUGGUAACUCGUAAUUGCCGAGAACUGAAGUGAAAUUCUCCCCACAGUUGAUGCACAUUUUCUUGAUUAUGGUUAAAAGAAUUUGGUGUUUAAUCAAUGUACGUUGUAUCGACCUUUAGCUUGUGAGUUCGCCUAUCCUCUUCAGUCCUUUUUGGAACAAUGUUGUGAUGUUUUAUGGAGAAAAAAAAUCAAGCAUUUCUAAUCUUUAUUUCUCUUUUCAGAGCCGUCCUCUAUUGAAGUUUGCUCAGUGGAGUCUUUCAGAGCCGCUCUCGGUAUUUCGUGCACUGGAGCCAUAGCUGUCAUAAACGCAAUAGGUAAAAUGACAUUUCAAUACAAAAUACAUUCAGCUGGGGAAAUUGUAUCUUAUUUUCCGCAAUUACUGUAAAUUCGUAUUUAUGGCACGGUUGUCAGGUGAUGUAUAGUAUUUAAUUUUUGGGGCACCCUGUCACGCUUCUCUUUUUUUUUAGUUUGUGUUUGGUUGUGGAACUGAAAAGUCCCUCAAACCAAAGGGCCUGAGAGAACAUAUACUGAACAUUCACUAUUUGUUUUUACUACCGUUCGCUUGAGUGAUAUUUUUUGUCACAGACAGUCGUAAAUGUUAUGACAGACAUGUUCUCUUUUGGCUCCGCCCUCUGUCAAAUUUAAAUUAUUAGUUAACCACACAAAGCGUGGGAAAGCCCGAGUAAGAAAACAUUAUUGCUGAUUGGCUGAUAGGGUGGCGCGAACGAGAUUUCUAGACUAACUUUAGAGCGUAACAAAGAGAAACAAGUGAAAUCCCGGAUCUCUAAAGAGUAAAAGUAAAACGCAAUGUUUAUUUUUUACACUUGGUUUGUCUUUCUUUCCACAGCCAUCGGUUUGUUCCUUGUCAUUGGUAUAAGUCUGAUAUGGAUCUGCAUAAAGAGAAGGUAGGGAUGAUUGAUCGUUGUCAUGGUUGUCGACAUCAAGUAUUUCGAAAGAAUCAAUUCAAAACCCGUACUUUAGGUUGCUUCUUCGUCGCAAUUUGGAUAGUCACAUUUACCGCCUGAAAGAGAAAGAAACCAGUCGGAUUCAUAAUUUUUUUAAAUCGGGUUUUAGCAAGUAGUUGCCUUCCCUCAAGGUGCGAGACAAUUGAAGGGAGAAAUUUUAUCAGAAAUAAGAAAUAGUUUAAAUAAUUGUUAUUAAGAUUUAUUUGGCCCCUUACUUGGCAGUGAAAAUAACAUAGGGACCAAGAGUAAACUAUCCAACGAGGCAACGACAUAGCUGACUUAGUGUGAUAACAAGGAAAGAGGAAACACUUGACGUGAUAACAUUCAAGAAUCAAAAAUAUAAUUAUCAUUAAAUAAUCAGAAAUGAAUUUGUAACAUCUAUUCUCUACGAAAAUGCAACUGUGAAUUUAUUCCAUUGACUAAGUUUCACUGAUGACAGAGCAGUCGACCAAAGUGUUUUUAAAUGCUCAACUAAAUUGUUUUAAAAGGCCAUUUUCAUUUGAGCGAAGACUGUGAUGGGACUUGUCUUUGAUUGUAUCUAGGAAUAUCGUAAGACCAUCAACGAUUACCUUAAUUUAAAAUCCAACAGCACAGCGACAAGGCUGAGAUUCAACGUGCCAUAUCUGGCUACCCGUGAAGUUUGCUUCAAAUUUAAUUAUCUCUUAACGACCCAGAACCCAAGUACUUUGGCGACCAAGCGAAAACAUAGACAAAAGAACAUGCAUUUUUCUUUUCGUAAUCGUGAAAGGUUUGUAAGGGGUUAUAACGCAUUAUGCCUCGAUUGCAUUUUUUUCCUCUCAAAAAUGUUUUGAGGAAGAAAUUGAUGUGAACGUAUAUGGGCGCGCGCCGAGUAGCACGCAAAAGCACGCGCAAAGAUGACGAAACAAGUGAUGUAGAAGCUCGUCAUAAACAAACCCAAAGAAGACUUGAUUUGUUCAGAGUCCAAGACGAUGGAUUCAACAGUGAGACGCGGAACGUUUUUUCUUCGUGAAUUGUUUAUUAUCGUCUCCUGUUAUUUUAAUUGCAUUUUGUAUGUUCUCACAAGACCAAUUUGUCUUCUGGUAUGCUGUAUUUUUUCCUUUUUUCACAAGUUGUGGAAAGUAUUAAGUGAUUUAUUCGGUGAUCACUUUGAUGAAGAAGGACCCGCAUCUGAGCGGAACAAUGUGAGUACAGCAGCUCAUGCUAUUGGAGAGCUGCGUAUUGAAACUCAAGACAAGAACGAUACUGAAGGGCCGAGGGAAGGAAGGCGGAACUCGUCAAGAAAUUCUGAGAGUUACAAAGCUGGAACAAGAAUACACCGGCUGGCGGAUGUGCGACGGACGUAUGGCGAUACAAGAUUUCGUCAGUCAGAGAAGGUCGCAUAUCAUAAUCAAGUAAGAACAGGUAAUUUUAAGAAUUCAGUUACUGGUCUGCAGUUGCCGCUAUGGAGACAAAGACUAUUUGAACGUCGGUGUCCUUGGAACACAUCUCAAAUAACAAACAAAAUGAGAUACAUGGGAAAUAGCAGUGCAUUCCGGUGCAGCGACCGGAUGAAGGGUAGAAAUCAAGUGCAGGCACCUCCAGUCGAAGAGCUUUAUUCAGGAGAUGUCAAAUGGAAACCCAAAAAUUAUUCCCCAGCAAGUGGACAGCGGUGGCCAUGUGUAAGACCAGGACCCGUUGAAGGCUGUCGUAGUGAGGAAACACUUAAAAAGCUGGUAAUAAAACCAAGACCCGCUGAAAGCUGGCGUUUAAAGGGAAGAUCUCAAAUGAGAGUUGGAAACAACUACGUAUUUUCAUGCAAGGACCGAAACAAGGCCGGGCUUGAAAUGCAACCACCAGCACCACUAGUCGAUCUUUUUCACGAGAAGAGAGUCUCUGGUGCGGAUUUAAAAAAUGCGCCACUAGGUGAAAGUAACAUUUCAAACUGUUUCAAGAGGAAUUGUUUAGUUUCUGAAGACUUCUGGAGAAGAAGUAAGAUGCUUUUCUGGCCGUUCAUUUGCGUGGUAAAUGGUAUGAGAGAUGCUCUGGCUCACCUGGCUCGGAAAAUCUGCGCUUAUGGCCACAGAGUUGUGAGUAGGUACUACGUGAAAAGCAGGGUGAAGAGGCCUUGUCCAGCGGGCUUCACUGAUGAUGAUGAAUGCGCACCUAACAGCGCGAUCGGAAAGAACUUGAAUCAAUGCCGACAACGAGAAUGGAAAUUGUUAAACCUUGGUGCCUUAGCGCGUUUGAUUCGAGAACUUUUUUGUCUCGUUGUAAGUGCUUCUUACCGUUCUCUUUCGGGAGUUUUUUAUGGGAUCAAGAAACUGUGUACAAUUGUUCACGCCUUCUGUUAUGUUAGUAAGAGACAAAACCAAAACCUUAAUGUAAGUGUCGACUGUUUACAUCAAGUGAAGGAAGAGCGUCAAUCUGAAACAUCCCGUCUGAGAAUUGAAGAGCCUUCGGAACCUCGCGGAGCAGUCAGGUCAGGACAAGUUGAUAUGUUGAACGUCUCUCGUGGUGUGCUGAGAUCCUCUUUGAAUGAAGUUGUGAAUUUCCAGGCCUCUUCAAACAGUGACAUAUACUCUGAUCCACUGGUGCGCAGUCCUUUGCAAGUUUCUAAGACUCAGGAUGAAUGUUUGAACAACUCACCGCCUGUUCAGCGACGCAAAAAGACUUGUUCUGAAUUAUUCACCGACAGCAAGGUAAAGAAAGAAGCAAUCCCACCAGAAAGUAAGAGUGAGACUGAUGCAAAUCCAAGGAAGGAAGAAAACGACUCUACUUCACCUCCCCAAUUAGCAGCUGCUAGGAGUGUCGUUAAAUCAAUACCACCCAUUACAGAAAAGAAAGUAAAAAGUACCCGAUCACGCUUAACCCAAGAAGUCCCAACUCAAGUUGAAACACAAGACCAAGAAGAGAAGUAUCACACGGGAAAACUCUCCAGGACCAGACGCAGGCAGAAGCGUCAAAUGUUAUCUGAUAGAGUCACCAAAGGUGCGUUGAAAAAGAAGGAAGAAACGCAGUCUACUUCGCCUGUCCAUUUAACUGGUAAUGAGAGUUUUGUUGCACCAACACCACCAAGUGAAGAAAAGGAGGUACAAACUGCCCUAUCUUUCUCUACUCAAAAAGGUUUAACGCCAGACCAAGAACAAAAAUUAUCAGGAUCUGCGCAGAAACGUCGACUGUCUGACAGUGUCACCGAAGAUAUGAAGACUAAAAAGGAAGUAACACAGUGUACCUGUCCCGUUCAUGUUGUCGCUCGGAAAGACGUUUCUACACAAACUGAAUUAAUUCCAGACAAGGCAGAAGAGAAUGCGAUACCAAUUUCAACUGAAGCAGUCCCGGCGUACGUUAAAGAAGAGGAUGAUGGGCAGAGAUUACAAGGAGGGGGUCGUGAAUGUCAAGCGCUGUCUGCUAGUGGCACGGGAGUCCAAAUUACCCAGUGCAAUGCAAAAUCGUCAUUGAUUGAGGAGUACAUUGAUGUCAACGCACAAGUGUCUAAAGGAAAGAGGACUAAGAGAGGUGACAAAUAUAAACAGCUUAAGUCUGUGAGGUCCAAGGAUGCCAGGACAACUUUACUCUGCUCGGUCAGUUCCUCAGAAGUGUCGAUAAACGUGAAAAGAAAGGCUAGAGGCGAUUCACCCUGCAACGUGGAGCUUCAUACCACGGAGUUUGCAACAGAAGAGAUUGGCAUACCACUCUCCAUUGAGGUAGUCAAUGCUAACGUUGAAACAGAAGAUGAAAGGCAGAAAUUACAAGGAGAAGUAGGUGAAUGUCAAGUGUUGUCGGCUAGUGGCACGGGAGUCAGAAUUACUCAUUGCAAUGCAAAGUCGUUAGUGACUGAGGAGGACACUGACGACGAACCAGAAAUGUCUACUGGAAAGCGGACUAAGAGAGGUGACAAUUGUAGACAGCUGAUGUCAAAGAACCCUGUGACCUCUUUUGUCUGCUCUGGCAGUUCCUCCGCAGAGUCAAUAAACACAAAGAGAAAAACUCGAGGCGACUCACCCAGCUGCUUGGAGCUUCAUUCUUCUGAGUUUGUACCAGAAGCGAGUGCGAUACCAGUUCCAUUCAAAGAAGUCCCGGCUUACGUUAAAACAGAGGAUGAAAGAAAGAGAUUGCAAGGUGAAGUAGGUGAAUGUCAAGUGUUAUCAGCUAGUGGCGCAGGAGUCCAAAUAACCCAGUGCAAAGCAAAAUCGGCUUUGGCUGAGGAUUAUACUGAUGUCGAACCACAGAUGUCAAUAGGAAAGCGAACCAAGAAAGGUGACGGAGAUAGUUCCUCAGCAGAGUUGAGAGACGUGAAAAGGAAAGCUAGCGACGACACAUCAAGCACCUUAGAGCCCCAUGUUAACGAGAUGAUGCUCGGGAAAACAUGCCAACCGCUCAGCCAAGCCACAGAAAAACAAGUACACGACACUGAAAUGGUGGAAAGCGUAGAUUCAUCCUUGACUGAUCAGGAAGAGCCGAUGGAAUUCAUCGAUGGGCAAGAUGCUGACACCUAUAAAUUUGGAUUUGCUAGCGAAGAUCAUCAGCCUCCUGCAAGAAAAGACUUUAUGGAGGACACGGAUGUAAUGGAAACAGACCAGCUGAUACAAGAAUGCACAAAAAAUCAAAUGGAGACAUUGGAAGCAUAUCAACAGCAUGCAAUGCAAAAUCCAUUUGGUGUAGUUUCUGAUCGUAUGCAGGCAUUCCAUGUGCAGCCACUUGUGGAAAUGGAAACAGAUUUUCCGGCCAUUCCGACCACGCCCUCCUUUGUUCAGCACAAGUCAGCGCUUUCAGGUCUGAAGUCAUUUUCAUUUAAGAAUACGUUGGGACAACAGAAAAAUGUUCUGAAGCCAAUUGAUCGUGUGCAGACAGUCCAAGAGAUGGAAACAGAUCACAUACACGUACCUGUCAUACCAUGUUUUGCACAGCAGCACGCAAUGGAAGGAAAUCGCGAACCAGCUCAAUUUACAAUGGCAUUUGGACAGAAAGUGGAUGUGAAGUUGCCAACCUGUAUUGAUGAGGAGAUGCCUGAGGAAAACGAAUCUGUGCCAGAACAAGAAACAAUGGAGACUGAUCAAAUCCCUCUCGAUUCAUGUCAGCCACCAGACACGGCACCUGGGAAAACGGUAAAUGAUAAGGGGCCAUUUGCUUCUGUGGUAGACAAUUUUUGGAAGGAAACUUUUGGAAGGUCACUGACUGAUGGAAUCCCUACGGUCCGAGCUCCGCCAACAUUGAUUGACUCGUUGACAGACACAACACCAGAAUCUGCAACGCCAAUCAACAACCAGAAUCCUCAAGGAAUUGAAAGUACACUUAGAAAUGAACUGAACCUAUCAUCAACUGAGCAGCAGUUGUCAGAAUCUUGUGAGUGUGAUCCAAUAUCAACAAGGCUUUUAACCAUGGAGCAGCUUCAACUUGUGCCAGCAGUCUCUGACAAUCCUGAUGGCUCAGACUCCGAAUCAGACAGUGAGUCCAGUAAUAGUUCUAUAGUGAACUUGGCGCAACGGAUCCUUGAUGAUCUGGAAGCAGAAAAUGCUGAAAGAAUGAAGAUGCAAGAGCUUCAGCUCGUGCCUGAUACGUCACAUACCCCUGAUUGCUCAGACUCAGAUGAAGCGGAACAUGGAUCUGAGGACGAAUAUGAACUGGAUUCGGAGACGAUCGACAAGUUUUUAAUUCUUGACACUGCACCAGAGCAUGUUGAUCUCAUAAAUAAGUUGAUAACGCAGAAGGAAUUAUCUUCUGAUGAUUAAUUUUAUAGAACGUGUUUUGGACAGCUAUAGAAGCAGAGUUGACUAAUCGUUUAUAGUGUACAUUAUGUUUAAUACCAUAAGCUGUUUUGUUUUUAACGAAUUGAAUGCAGUGGAAAGUGGCAAAACGUUUUGUAAUAUUUUCAUUAAUAACGAGUUAAAAUUGAUCAACAGUCAAGUUAAGGAAUGAUCAAAGCAAAGUUGAGUAAAUUGUGAUUAAAAACAUGCUUUAGAGAAUGAAUUGCUUUCUAGAUUGAUCCAACUUGAUGUUGUAAAUAUCGAGAAUGAGGUUUUUCUUUUUUUCUUUUUUUGGUUUUUGAAAAGAGACAAGCCAAAAUCAAAUGUUAGCAUGAAUUUGCGUUACUUGUAAUAAAGAGUACAUUUGAUUAAAUCUUGAGAUCUUGAGAGUUAGAGAUCUGCAUUCUUUUAAUCGUUAAUGACCGGGAUAUUCAAUUUAUUGCUAAAGAAGGAGAAUGAUUCCUUGUGAAGGAUACGUAGUGCAGGAAAUUUAGGGUACAUAAAAGUGCCGUAGCGGCGAGAAGGGAAGUUAAAUGUUUUGCUUGCUUGGUUGCUGCGCUAAAAUCUGAUGGCUGCAUCAAUUUAACCUUCCUAUGACUAAAAAACAUUUUUGUGGUUGAGAAAAAGAGCGGCUUUCCCAAGUUGGCUUACUUAUCUGCAAAACAUGUGGAUUGUUUACGAAAGUCAUCUUUGAGCCUGCGAGCAGGUUUUCGCUAGCGAGAAGAGAAACAAGCCUGUAAGACUCGAGUAUGCGCGAGGUCUUCGGAACUCUGAUACGAAAAGUUGUCAGAUCCCUCGCAGGCUUCACGCUGGCUUUAACUCUUAGGCUUCGCCGCUCUUUUCGCAGCGCCAUUGAGAGCUUGUGCGCAAGCGAAUACCUUUCCUCAUUUUACGAAAAUUAAAUUUCUGAAUAUCGCAAUUACAUCGAACAUAAUUUGCUACGAGUUUAGAGAGGCUGUUGCGUACACGCAAUGUAAUAGAAGUUCUUUUUCUGUCUUAAGGCAUUUGAACAAUCACGAGCUACGCAGAAAGACAAAUUUUUGAUUCAGUCAAUGAAUUUUGUCAUAACAACUGGAGCAGCUAGUAGCAAGCCGCCCGUUGUGGUUUUUCACAUAAGAACAAGUUACUUAGCUAUUUUCAAAAUGGCGACGUCCAUAGUCGAUUUUUUUUUAACCCAUUUUAAACCAUUCUGUAACAAGGUAAUGUGAUUUUAUCAACCGAGUUGAUAAUAUGAAUUGGUCCCAAUAAGGAGAUUCUAAAUCUGAUGUUUCGAGCGUUAGCCCUAAUACUUCCCACAGACGCUACAACACAAUUCCUUUGUGCUAAAUUCUGCCAUCAGGUAUGAUCGUAAGUACAAGGAGACACAACAGAGGAUGGAAGAGUUGGGAUUGAUGGAACAGUCUCCUGUGCUUCACCUUGACGAGUGGGAGAUCCCUCGGGAGAGCAUUAUUUUAAAUCGUAAGCUUGGUGAAGGAGCAUUUGGAGCUGUGUGCGGUGGGGAAGUUAUUGGACUUAGGUCAGAGGGAGAAUGGUUACCUGUGGCAGUGAAGUCUUUGAAGAUUGGCUCCUUACCCGAAGACAAGGUAACAGGAGUGUUAAGUCUUAAGUAGUGUUACGCUGAGUAGUGAAUGAUUCAAAACAAGUUUUCGUCAAUAACGUUAGAGACUUGCUGUUAAGAAAAUUGCUCCAAAAUUACAAGGAAAAGCCAAAGUUAAGAGGUUAAUUAUUCAAACUUUGUGUUUCUAAUGAGAUGGCGGACUCAAAUAGGGGCAGUACCAAGUUUCUAUAUAGUAAAUUCGUAACUACACUUUUUUAUCGUCCUCUGUCGCGACCGGCCAUAGUUUGUUAGUUUUUCUGUUCCUUUUUUGUUGUUGUUGUUGUUUUUAAAGCUACAAUCAGCAAAACAAAAAAAUUUUGACUUUUUUUGACUGAGGGGAUAAUAUUCUAGAAUACCGGACCAAUAUUAUUACUUAUUUCUUUACGGGAAGCCCCUGUCCCCUGAUUAAUGUUACACUUCGCUAUCUGUGAUUGCGCACAAUGUAAGACACUCACAGGUUCAUUAAGGUAUGCUUGUUUCUCUUGCAGCUUGAAUUUCUGAGUGAGGCAGAAACGAUGAAGAUCUUUGACCACAAGAAUAUUGUGAAACUGCUAGGUGUUUGCACCAAAGGAGAACCAGCUUUUGCCGUAAUGGAGCUGAUGAUACAUGGUAAGUGAUAUUGAGAGUAGCCGUUCCUAUGUUAUUCGCGUUUGAUCGUUCAAUUGGUGAUUCCUUUGAAAGAGCUGAAUGAUAUUGUAAAUUCGCAACUAUUCGUAUCGCUUUUCGUGCGAAAUCAUCUUUAAAAUUACGCUAUUUAUUUGUUGUGCUUUAUUCGGUCCUUUUAGGUGACCUAAAAAACUUCCUGCUGGCCAGACGUCAAUUUGCAAAUCAGGACUGUAGAGAGGUAUUGUCAGUUAUCUUCAAGUUAUUUAUUGUAAUCUUGGGUGAAAGUCUGUUCACAUGCCUCUUAAAACUUAGGUUAGAAUGAACAUACCUGUUGUUCAAAGGGGCCAACAGGAAACUUAAAAGUAAAUCAUCAAACAUAAUUGCAUUAUUUCCGUUCAUGGCGGUCUUUAGGUUGAUCUGUUUAGGUUAAAAAGGGGCCUAGUCGAUAUAAUACCAUCGUUUAUAAAGAAGUUGACAUUCUUAGAUUGGUGAUGCGCCGUCUCUUACUAGACAAGUUAUAUUUGCUAGCAUUGACAUGAAAUGAUUUUAAGUUAUAAAUUUUGAAAUGUAGACUACAAGCAAUCCCUCCUUUUGGCGAAGUGCGAUUAAAAAAUAUGAGUGAAACAAAGGUUUAUGUUAGCGAGUCGCACGAAACUUGGGAGUGAGGCUGCUGGGAACUUUUCUUGCGCCUCACCUCCAGAGUUCCGCGUGGCGUGGUAACAUUGAUUCUUUUCACUUAGAUGGGACUGCUUAUGGUCUGUUUAAAAUGGAGAGAAAGAUUUGAAGAGUAACGAUUACAAUCCAUUUUUAUUGUCUUCAGUAUAGCCCAUUCAUUACAAGUUGUUCUCUCGCGUUCUUGUACAGUUUUCGAACCUUGCUGUAGAAGUUACUGUAGUUUUUCACGGACGUUAAUUUUCUUCUAGGCCGAAGAUGUUACUCCUAAAAGGUUAACUGCAAUGGCGUUAGACAUUACCAGUGGACUGAAUUACCUCGCAGAAAUGAAGUUUGUUCAUCGGUAUGAUGGUGGAUGUUAUUCCUUGCAAUAGACCAUCUUCUUCAGUGUUUUUUUUUCUUCUCUAACAUUUGUUUUGAGUUGGGAAUCAGCAAAGCGUAUGAACCUGCCUCGCAAAUGAGGGCGUUUCAUUAUUAAUCUGGAUGUGAGUGUUUCUGUGAAGCUCAGAAAAGCGUGAACACUUGAAAGCUAUUAUGGAAUGUUGUUGUGUUUCGUGGAUUACACCAAUUAACCGUCACUAAACUUAACCGUUAGCAGAGACGGUAAUUUUUUGAGGGCGAGAAGUUUGCGCGCGUUUUCAGGACACCGUUGACCUGUCAAACUCAAAUGAAAGUGUUCACAGUUUUAUGAGUUUUACUGAAAACGUGAAAUGAUUUAGUUUUUGUGUUCAUUUUUAGUGACCUGGCUCUGAGGAACUGCAUGGUAGGGUCAGGUCAUGUGGUCAAACUCGGCGACUUUGGUAUGGCGCGCGCUAUGUACGAUUCGGAUUACUACAGGUUUGGACGUAAAGGUAAAACUCUGAUUUAUGUCUACAUACCACAACAGAGCACUGAAGAGAAGCCAAGAAGGGAAAUUUAUCACGCUUUCGGGUUUCGUUUGACUGUUAGAAUUAGGUCGGAACUGGUCAGGGGUUAGGGUUAGGAUUAGGAUUAGGUUCAGGGGUUAGUUAGUUCAGGUCAGUGGGAAGUAGGUUACUUUUCUCUGUGUGAUGAUCACGACCAGCAAUCGUCAAAUUCCUUUGGAGAAGGUAAUUGGCAGCCUAUUUUUACUCUUUUGAAGAGGUGCUGUUAUUUCUUUUUCCCAAAAUUUGAAGAGGUACUGUUCUUCCUUUUUCCUGGUCUGCCAUACGUUAAGUUAUUAUCUUCGUCAAGUUCUUUCCCGUCUUCGCUUCCCUGUCCUGAAAUAUCGCGUGUUUCUCAACAGGCAUGCUCCCUGUUCGAUGGAUGUCUCCCGAGUCUCUUGCAGAUGGCGUAUUCACGACUAAGUCUGACGUGUGGAGCCUGGGCGUGACCUUAUGGGAACUGGCGACGUUCGGCAGCUUUCCUUAUCAGGGCCUCUCGAAUGGAGAAGUUGUGGAGAGAGUCAAACAAGGGCGCUUUAUGGAAAAACCACAGGGGUGUACUGGCGAACUGUAAGUGUCCACGUCUACGCGAAUCGCGAUUCCUAACGAAGUAGCCCGUGCAUUACCCUUUUUAACUUUAGAAAAAAUUCCAUCCUUUAUCUAUUUUUCUUUUACGUAGGUAUGUGAUCAGUUUUUAAAAACAAUGUUCCAUCUUCUGCAAAAUACCUUGAGAGCUUCUGUGAGGAAUUUGAGGAAAUCAGCUAACAUUGCUCUGUUUUUAGCUUCUCGCCUGAGUAAUAAAAACAGCGAGCCAUUCAUUUAAUGUACGAAAUCUCGCCAAAUGUUUUAAACUGAUGUCAGAUACUGAAGAAUAGACUGAAAAUAUGGUCUAGACAGUAUCCUUUGUUCUUUUUGGUGUAAGUGUAAUGUCGUGUGUAGAAAAUUGCACGACAGAAAAUGAAUGAAAGAGCUCCCCAGUUUUAAUUCUAACUGUAUUCCUUGUCUAAAUUGCCUGUCCAUUUUUUUUCUUUAUUUCAGGGGCACUUUGCUGACAGAAUGCUGGAGAAAAGACCCCCUCCACAGACCAGAUCCCGAUAAAAUUUGCGACUUGCUAACUGCUCAUGUAACCAUGAUCACCGCUUGUUUAGACUCUCCUAUGUCAAGUGUGGCCACGGAUGAAAACUGCGUGGAGCCUGGUGAGGUCAGAAGGGACAGCAUGAGGACGAGGCGAGGCACACCGUCACCCUCUCCGCGGAGAAGUCGCGCAAUUACCCAGCUCACUCAAGAACAGAUUAAAAUUUUAAUGCCGCAUCGCGAAAAUGGUGUAACCCCAAAUGGUGCUUUAUAGAAUCGAGCCAUCAACAUUUUUGUGAUUUAAUCAAAACUGAGCUAGCUGGGGGUGUGAAAGAUAAUUUGCAAGAUCAAGCUGAUUUAGUAAUUUGCAACAACAAGGUUGCAUUUUAAGUAAAUAUCCAGUCUUCACAGCCAUGGCCUGUCCACAUCACGACUGAGUUCCUAUUCAAAUAGAGACAUGAAUUUCAGUUGAAACGAGACUUUCGGUCUCCUUCGGAUUCUUUUAAAGAGUUUCUGUCUUGUUUCAAAAGCGAGGACCGAUAAACGCGAGGAAUUUUUAAGAGAGUUGUAGUUUGUGGACUGUUAUGGUAACAUUCUGCACGAAAAGGGUCUUUCCAACUCUACGCAAUUCUUAAUGGAAGGUAUUUCAUGUGUUACGCCAAGAAAACGUUUAUACUUAACAAAUAGAUUCCAAGUUGCCGUGCGUCUGUUCAGUAAUAGAUCACAGAUGACGUCAAAAUGUGGUAAGAACAGAAAAGUGUUGUUUUAUAUAAUAAAGAAUUUAAAAAGUUUUAAUGAUAAGUGAGAAC